UUUGCCGUUUUGGAAAUUUCCUGAUUCAGUAAUAUUGUAUCGGUGCAGUCGGAAUGGAAGGCCAUUUCUGGCACACGUUGUCAGUUCAAGGGAGACAAUAGGUUUCCACCGUUUCGUUUCCAACCUGCAACUUGAAGCUACAUUCCAAAAUUGUAUUCGUGAAAUUCGGAGAAAAAGCAGAGCCAACUAUUGUCUUCCAACUCUUACAACCACUUACGAUGGCUGAAAGACUACAAAUCGACAAUUACCUUCAGGGUGACAAUAGUACGAAUGCAAUUACGUCUUUAUCGAAAUGCCUUGUGGACAAGUCGAUGACAUUCCAGGGUGUGAUCACCGCACUGGCCCCGGAGCUCAUCCACACUGAUGCAGAGAUGCGUGCACGUGGUACUCGCCUGAUUGCUGAUUUGAUUCGCGCGCUUCCCGGCACGUACCUGAACGAGGCAGAACUCAACCACGUCUGCACUUUCUUCUGCGACCGUUUGAAAGACCAACACGUUGUAGUGCCACACGUCAUCUUUGGCCUGCUGUCUUUGGUUCGCAUUCAUCCGCUGAAAGAUGCGCAGGCGGUGCAGAUCGUGGAGGCAAUCGGCAAGGAAGUGCACGUACAGGCAUUGAUUCGCGUUGACCGUUCCGCUGUCUACAAUAUCAUCCAUGGCUUACUCAGCAAUCACAUACAGGGCCUUCAAACGAUGGGACCGGAUUUCGUCUUCUCUUUCAUUCAGAUGAUGGACGGCGAGCAGGAUCCAAGAAAUCUUCUGCUAGCUUUCAAUUUAGUUCCAACAAUAGCUCAGAGUUUUCCAAUCGAUCGGUUCAUUGAGGACUUGUUUGACGUAACAUCGUGUUACUUCCCCAUAUCCUUCACGCCGCAACCGGAUGAUCCAUCAGCCAUUACGCAAGAGCAGUUGUGCGAUGCUCUGCGAAAGUGCUUAUGCGCCACUCCGGCGUUUGCCAGCCUCACUGUGCCACUGAUAUUGGAGAAGCUAACGGCCAAUGUUGCCAGUGCCAAGCUCGAUAGUGUUCUCACUCUGUCAGAGGCAGCACCUGUGUUUGGAGCCAAGGAGCUUGCUCAAUACAUUGAGGGUAUUUGGCUAGGACUGAAAACCGAGAUUUUUCGAGCUUCAUCCGAGAACCUGGUGAAUGCAUGCUUGAAGUGCAUACCCGUCUUGCUAGGCGUCUUCAGUGAGGACUCGUCCGAUGAACAUUUGAAAGACAUGACAGAUCGUAUCAUCAAAGAAUGUUGCCACCACUACAAGCAACCACAGCUCGGCUUGUCCAGCAUCAGCACACAGAUCCUAUCAGCGGCAUGCUCUGGAUCAGCUGCUGCCUGCAGCAUUGUGCUGGAUGCCAGCGUGCCAGUGAUCACUGCACAGUAUGCUGAACACACUACGUCAUCUCUACAGUGUAGUUUGUUGGACUCGUUGAAGUCGUUAGUUCAAGUCGCAGUGCCAUACCACAGCAAGUCACCAGCCGAGCUCCCCUUGGCUACACACAUUGACUCAAUCCUGUCCAUCAUCUUCACGAGUAUCAAUGAUGGCGACGCAGCCUUGCGCGUGUUUGGCUGCAAGUGCAUGCAGCCGUUCAUGAGCUCGGCAACUGUGUUGUCGACAGGCCAGGUCUCACUAUGCGUUGAGCACAUCAUGCGUACAUUGCAAAACGAUGAAGCAGCAGAGGUCAGAACACAAGCUCGGCAGUUGGUAACGGGCGCGUGCACUCACUUUCCCGAUACAGCCCUGCAGUGUAUCGUGCCAUCUGUGUCUGAGUGGCUGCAGCUACGCAGAACAUCAUGUGAUGCUGGUCUCAAAGCACACAUCACGGAGGACUAUGUAUUGGACCUGACUGGCCACCUGGCAUGCAGUGCAUGUCUGCUUCCUGUCCUGGUUGAGCUGUGGAUCGGACACUUGGAGCAUCUUCUUCGAGAGCAAUGGUCGGAUGUGUUAGUUGACCGAUGCCAUUCUUUACUGGCUACUCUCCAGACCGGUCUCUCUGGCUUCUCUGGUGAAACAUCAGCAAUGCUGGAGAUAGUCUGGCAGCCCAUUGUUCUUCAUCUGAUCGAGUGCAUAACCACUGCUGCUAAGUUCACUGCAGAAGGAGACGAUCUCCCAGUUCAGGUCUUGCUCUUCACCAAUCUGGCCGUGCUGCAGUCCGCAUCAAAGCUCGUUGCUACGUUGAUUCGCUCGGCGGAGUCCAGGGUACAGACAGAUGUCAUCACUCGGCUUGUUGCGACCGCUACUGAGUCAACGUCAUCAGGCUUUGCUCCCUUUGAGGCAUCGGCCUCACCACGCCAGUCUCAGUAUGUUGUUUUGCUGGCUGCCGUCGUUCCGGGCAUUCCUGGUUCGGCACUUCCAGACGGUGUACACACACUUAUGGUACCCAGCCUCAACAUGGCUGUAUCAUUGUUGCAUGACGAGUCUGCGACCUCAGCAUGCCUGCUGAGUGCCGCUUUGCUGAACAAGCUCACUGAUGAGUCAGCCUUGUCCACUGCACUGCACAAUGCCAGCACAGUGAUCAGUAAUGCACUGGAACAUGGCAACGUGAAUGCUGCUGUCUCUCUCCUUGCAUGGGUUACGCGUGCUAUGGUGCUGCGGUCCCAUUCCAGUUCCAUGGAGCUCUCUGCUAAGCUGAUAAGCCUGUUCACUCGCAAUGGCCCCGAAGCCAGUGCUGCUGCUGCUGCCUUCUCCUUGUUGCUGAAUGAUGAUGCGAGUAGAAACUUGACGCAGGCUGGUGGAGCUAUGGUUAUGUUCCUCCACAAGCAGAAGUUCUUCAUUCAAGUUCGCCCGCAGCUAGUGGAAGGCUUCAAGGAGGCAGGAGAUGGCAGUGUAAAGGAUCAUUUCUUGACGGCGCUUUCUCACCUUCUUUUCUGUGUGCCUGAACAAGUCCUGCUCAGUGAAAUACCACCACUUCUUCCGCUGGUUAUCCAGUGCCUGUCGUCUUCAAGUGCUCAGCUUCUGACAUCAUCACUCAACGCUAUCAUGGCACUGAUGAAUGGCGCGCCUGACGUGAUGGGACAGUAUGUGUCAGACAUUAUCCCACUGCUGCUCAAACUCUCCCGCUUCCAGGGCAAUAUGAAAGUUCGCCAGUCCUCUCUCAGGUGUCUUGGUUCAUUGACUGCCCUGCCGCACCACCUGUUGUAUCCUCACAAGAAUCGUCUCACACAGGACCUGGUGGCCAGUCUAGAUGAUCACAAGAGAUUGGUGCGUCGUGACGCCGUCGAGUGCAGGAAUCGCUGGAUCAUGCUUGGCUCAGCACCACCAUGAGCCCAGUGUGUGGCAAUGAUGCUGAUGCUAAUACUGGUGGUGAUGAUUACGUUGGUGAUGAUAAUGAUACUGUUGGUGAUGAUGGAGUUGAUGAUGCUGGUGACAGAACAAGGCGAUCUCCUCUUCCCAAAUCCCACCUGUCCGAGUGGAUUUAAGGGUGGUUGGGAUUGCCUCUGUCACUGAUGACAACUGCCAGUACACUGUUGCUUGUAUCCACUUGACACCGAAGUGCACGGGGUGCAGCCCAUCCCCCGGACACUGUCCGUCCGCUGAGUGCCUUUUGAAAUGCACAGCAGCUAUGAUACGUGCAGCCGUGAACCUGCCAACGCGACGCCAAGCUCUGCUGCGCUGCUCUGCUUGGCCGGUAACAGUUAUGGUUGUAAUGGUACCGUCUGGGCCUGACCACUGACUGUGGCUGACACUAGCCAUUCCAGCAUGACCUUUUUUUCUCUUGCGGUGAACUCAAAGUACUCCGACUUGUGCCGCGGAUGUCUGAGAUGAAAGUUACGGCGUGGAUUCAAUAAGGCGUCUCUGCCGCUACUGCUGGAAUCCCUUCACUUGUCCAGUCUGAGUUAUUUUAUUUUAGGCCCCCUGUACUUUUCCUAUUUCUCUUUAAUACUAGUAGUACUGUACCGUAUUUUUCGGAGUAUAGUGCGCACCUUUGUAUAACGCGCACCCCCGAUCUUCAUUGGGGGUGCGCACUUCAUUGAAGUACAUGCAUUUCAUAUUCGGAGCAUAGUGCGCACCUGCGAUUUAGGGCCUAACAUAGCACAUCUAAAGUGCGCACUAUACUCCGGAAAAUACGGUAUUCAUCUUGCUGUGUGGCAAUGAAUGGAUGUUGGGAUGUGCAAUCCUCACUGGCAGCACACUGAGUUUUAUUCUGAUGUUUUUCUUCAACACAAGGCUUGUAACUCGAGUAGCUGAUGACGUUA